CUACUCUCAGUUUUUUCUUGAGAUCUAAGAAAUCUCUCUCUUUCUCUCUCUCUUUCUCUUUCGAUCUUGAAGACUUCGGUAAAAAAUCCAGAAAAAAUGUCUAGUAUAGGAACUGGUUAUGAUCUCUCGGUCACCACAUUUUCGCCCGAUGGGAGAGUUUUCCAGAUUGAAUACGCCGCGAAGGCCGUCGAUAACAGCGGGACUGUUAUCGGCAUCAAGUGCAAAGAUGGUAUAGUUAUGGGUGUGGAGAAGCUCAUUGCUUCAAAAAUGAUGUUACCAGGAUCGAACCGGAGAAUCCACUCUGUUCAUCGUCAUUCUGGCAUGGCAGUGGCUGGAUUAGCAGCUGAUGGCAGGCAGAUUGUCGCACGCGCCAAGUCUGAAGCGACUAGCUAUGAGAGCGUCUAUGGUGAGCCCAUACCAGUGAAAGAACUUGCUGACCGCGUUGCUAGCUACGUGCAUUUGUGCACGCUCUAUUGGUGGCUAAGACCUUUCGGAUGUGGAGUAAUUCUUGGAGGAUAUGAUAGAGAUGGACCUCAGCUAUACAUGGUCGAACCAUCUGGAGUUUCCUAUAGGUAUUUUGGUGCUGCAAUCGGGAAGGGAAGGCAGGGUGCAAAAACGGAUAUUGAAAAGCUGAAGCUUUCGGAAAUGACCUGCAGGGAAGGUGUUAUUGAAGUUGCAAAGAUCAUUUACAAACUACACGACGAGGCAAAGGACAAAGCUUUUGAAUUGGAAAUGAGUUGGGUCUGUGAUGAGUCAAAACGCCUACAUCAGAAGGUCCCAGAUGAUCUUUUGGAGGAAGCCAAGGCAGCAGCCAAAGCAGCACUGGAGGAAAUGGAUGCAGAUUAAUCAAAUGACAUUCAAAACUUCCUUAUCUUUUACCUCACAGGUGGUUUUUAGGGGCCCAUCUUCCCAGAUUCGCACCUUUCAUUCGAUCAUUAAACUCCUAACAGAGAUGGGGAAAAAAAAAAAAUGGAGAGUCGAUUCAAGUGCCUGUUGAAAAGAAAAGACCUUGGGAACCUUUUUUUAAAAAAAUAUUCGUAAUGUGUUCUUGGCACGAAAUGCUGUAUGCUAUAUCACUGUUGCUGGGAAGCGACCAUGUUUGCUUAGACCCUGUGAAAGGGUGAUUAAAGAAUAGCUUAGUUCCAUA